AUUGACAGAUGACAUGAUGUAAUACACUUGUGUAUAGUAUAAUCAGCUUGUAAUCUUGUAAUCAUCUCCUUAUAAUAAAAUUUAUAAAAUAAUUGCAAAUAUCUUAAAUUGAAAUGUCAUUCACCAGUUUGUAAUAUAUUUGCUAAUGUUUAAAUAAUUAUGAAAAAGGAUAUUAGGAUAUUUUAUAACUGUUCUUAAAAGUUACAGUUUUUAUAUUUUUCUAAAAAUGUCUAAUUCCGAUGUAUACAACGACCUAACUUUGUACAUUACUCCUGAGAAAUUUUAUAUAGAACCAAAAACUAGUGAUGAAUUGUUAGUAAUUGAUCGUGGAUCGGAAGCUGUAACUGUACAUCGAAACACGGGUCAAAUUCCGGCAGCUAAUAGUAACAAAGACUUUUGCGGGCUUCUCGGAUCUAUUAAUUUGUUGGCUGGAAGAUAUUUAAUUAUAGCAACACAGAGAGAUUUGAUUGGGUAUAUAGGUGGUCAUCCAAUAUGGAAGCUAGUUAAAACUGAACUGAUACCAUAUUGUCGCAGUAUGCUUCAUUUGACCAAUGAAAAGUUAGCUGACAAUAAUACUUAUGUGAAUAUGGUAGAAAAUGUGUUAGCAACUCCAAGUUUUUAUUUCAGCUAUAGUUAUGAUAUUACUCAUUCCAUUCAGAGGUUGCAUGAUCUUACACCUGAUUUUUGGCAACAAUCCAUGUUACAAAGGGCUGAUAAUAGGUUUGUUUGGAACAGAUAUCUUUUAGAACAAUUUAAGGAGACAAAUGCUAAAAGGUUUUCCCUUCCUUUAUUACAUGGAUUUGUUUCAAUUAACCAAUGUGUCAUAAAUGGUCGUAAUUUUACUUGGGCAAUUAUAUCUAGGAGAAGUAUUUAUAGAGCUGGAACAAGAUGGUUUAGAAGAGGCAUAGAUAAGGAUGGGAAUGUAGCUAAUUUUGUUGAGACAGAACAAAUUGUUGAGUCUAGUGAAGGUGAUAGAGCUAGUUUUGUACAGAUAAGAGGUUCAAUACCACUCUUUUGGUAUCAAAAGCCAGAUUUGCGGUACAAACCAAGCAUAACUUUGGACUUGGGAGUGGAUGUUCAAGAUCAACAAGCUGCUUGCUUAAGACAUCUAGAAACCACAGCAGGUAUAUAUGGCAGACAGGUCAUGAUAGAUUUGGUUGAUCAAGUGGGCUCUGAAGGUCGAUUGGAGAAGGCAUUUAAGGACACCAUAAGCUAUUUAUCUCAUCCGUCAGUUCGUUACGAACCAUUUGACUUCCACGCCGAAUGUCGAAAAAUGAAAUGGCACAGACUAUCCAUAUUGACAGAUAGAGUUGCUUUAGAUCAGGAUGAUAUGAGUUAUUUCCUAAUUCUUUCUGAUGGAACAUUUUCUUCUUUGCAAGAAGGGGUGUUCCGAACAAAUUGCAUUGACUGUUUGGAUAGAACCAAUGUUGUUCAGAGCAUGUUGGCUCAUAGGAACUUAGAGAUUGUAUUGAGGAAAUUUACGAUCUUGAGCUAUGAUCAGAAGUUAGAAGAUCAUCGGACUUUUGAGUCAUUGUUUAAGAACGUAUGGGCUGAUCAUGCUGAUUUGAUUAGUAUACAGUAUUCAGGCACUGGGGCUUUAAAAACGGAUUUUACCAGAACCGGUAAAAGGACGAAAUCGGGCAUGAUCCAAGAUGGUAUCAACUCGCUGAUCCGGUAUUACAAGAACAACUUUAACGACGGCUCCAGACAAGACUCUAUAGAUUUGUUUCUGGGUAAUGGAAAGGUGGUAUCUCCUUUGGCCCCACCCCCUGGUUGGAGAUACAUUACCUUCCCUUCUGUUUUGCUAGUGGCCACAGCAAUGUUUGUCGCUUCUGUCAUAUUCCCCGCCGAGUACUCCAGUGAGUGCCUGUUGUACCUAAUGUUUUGGGGCGGCAUGAUGGCUUCCACAACUUACUAUAUAUUCCAAUAUGGCGUCGAAUUUGUUGACAGGCCUAAGUUGACGCCUACGUAAUUGUCUAUACAAGUAAAUCAAUAUUUAUCUUUUUUAGUAGCGGAUUAUAGUAAAAUAAAGUGUUGCCCAUUGGCUCUGUAUCGGGUAAGCUAGCUUGUAGCUUUUUUCGGAUACACGUAAAAUAAAAAUGUAUUUUAAGUAACUAAAAUUUUUACUCUUUAUAAAAGUCUCAGCGAACUCUUCAGCCACCUGCUGCAAAAAAUAAAAAAUACAACUUCAAUAAUUUAAUUAAAAUUUUUAUUACGUUUAAAAUUUAAUUAUAAAAAACUGUUUGAUACAGACACUUGGGUAACACUAUAAAGAAAAAUCAUAGCUUCGUCUUAUUUACUGGAAAUUAAUUGGUUUAGGUGUUUAACAAUUUGUCUAUUUUAAUUGUAAAAAAAGAUACUAAUUCGUUUUAGAAUAUCAUUUUAUUCUGUAUACCUCACAAUAUUUAAUUCAAACUUUACAUUAUAUGGUUAAGUUGUAACUGUUAA